GAUAAGAUAGCGCCACCAUUCAAGCAAGGAAUUUCAAACAGCUGUCAGUCCCGCGCGGAAGGUCUGUGGGGGUGUCACGCUGCCGCUCGCGAGCAUGUGUGGGUUCGAGGCGCUGAAGGCCUGCGGGGUCGCCGUAGCUGUGUUUGCCAUACUAGGAUCCCUGGGUACGGAAGGCUUUUUUGCAUGGAAAGUUUACGAAGUGAAUAACCAAUGCGCCAACAACGUCUCUGUUUGCAGACAUGAAGACUUGGAAGUCCGAUCGUACAUUGGCUUAGCAGAAGGCAUUUUGGGAACGGCGGUGUCCGUAUGCUUUGCCAUUGGCUUUGGUGCUCCUGUCGUUGCCCUAAUAUGGUUGUGGAUGUUCUGGGCUCUGGGAAUUACAGGUUAUAAUUCCUACUGCAUCUAUGACUUCCACCAAACCAUCAUCGGGAACCUAUCGAGCUUUCCUUGGGACACGGUCGUUGAUGAUGAUUACGGAAUUUUCUUUAUCGAGGCUCUCUCCUCCGUUUCCUUACACCUCCUUAUCAUUAUCAUAGCUGCGCCCAUAGGAGCUGCUCUCACGCGCAUGUACUGGAAAGGGAACAUCGCAAGUUAUUCUGUGUACAACUGGGAUAACGAUGCAUUCGAGAUGGACUAGAGGCGAGGCUGCUCCAAAUGGGUGUGCUAAGGUUCUGUUCCCGUCGGCCUCAGCAAGUUUAUCAUUUCAUCUGAAGAAGUAAUUUACAUUAUACUCAAAAAUAUGGAAUCACGUGUGCGCAAGCACACACACACGUGUAUGUGUCCGUAACUAUUAUUUUCUGCCAUGCUUAUUUUCUCCGUGUUUCUGUCUCUACAUAUAAAUCUCUCUCUCUUUCUCUAUCUAUCUAUAUAUAAUAUAUAAACACACACAUAUAUAGUUAUAUAUAUGUAUAAAAUGUGCGUUAUAUAGUUGUGUAAUGAUUGCCUGUACGUGUGGAUGAACAGAAUACAAAACCUAAAUUAUAUAAAUAGAUAUGGUAUGUAAGUGUCUUUCGAGUCAUAGUGUCAUUCAGUUUUACCAGAAUUCAAGCAAGAUCUUAAGUCUGUCAUCACCAAUUCCUAUUUGAAAAAUAACAGUGAAGUAGAUACAAUUCAUAUACGACAAUUAAUAACAGGUUGGUGUAAGUCUAGUGUAAAUAAUACUAUUUUGUUUUGUUAAUUUAUAAAAAAAUGAUUCAUAAUAAAAGAGAACAAAACGAGA